GGGAAGGAGUGGGAGGCUUGUCUCUACACCCCCCAUGGAGCCCCUCUCGGGUUCACUUCUUCCUGAAUCUCUCCCACUUCAGGAGGACCAAUCUGAGUCUGAGCCAGGCUUACAGAGUGAGUGGGUGGGACAAGGAUGGAGGGCCAGCCGCCUCUCCUCCUCCGCCGCCCCGCCCCCCUCCGCACAAGUUUCUCGGGGCCACUUCUGCACGACUGCCGGGACCAAGAGCUGCGUGUGCUCUGAAUUGGGGGGAGGAGGAAGGGGGCAGUGAGUUCCAAACAAAGAGCAGCCGGGUCCCUGCCCGCCCCGGGCCUGUGGGCGCGUCCCCGCUGCUGGCCGGUCAGUCUGCGCGAGAGGGGCGCCAGCCGGAGAGACAGGGAGCGCGGGGUGGACAGGACAGCCACAGGCAACGAUCCCGGCUCCUGAUCCCUAGCUACGUCCAGCCCGUCCAGCCCGUUGUGGCCCGUCUCUCCUUUUCCAGGCUUUUAUCUGGCCAAUCUUUUCCAGUCUUUUCAAGUCUCUCUGGAUCUCAGUGGCACCUCCAAUUGCUGCGCCAGCACCACAAGCAACUCCAAGGCCCAGGCGUCAUGGCACACUGCAAGACAGAGCAGGAUGACUGGCUGCUGGCCCACCUGAAGUACCUGCUUUUCAUCUUCAACUUCUUCUUCUGGGUAGGUGGGGUGGCUGUCACGGCUGUGGGCAUCUGGACACUGGUGGAGAAGAGCGGUUACCUCAGUAUCUUGGCUUCCAGCACAUUCGCUGCCUCCGCCUACAUCCUCAUCUUUGCUGGUGCUCUUGUCAUGACAACUGGCUUCCUGGGCUUCGGGGCCGUCAUCCGGGAGCAGAAGGGCUGUCUCUCCAUGUAUUUCUGCCUGUUGCUGGUCAUCUUCCUGGUGGAGCUGGUGGCGGGGGUCCUGGCACAUGUGUACUACCAGAGGCUGAGUGAUGAGCUGACGCAGCACCUGAACAGCACCCUGACCAAGCGCUACGGGCAGCCAAGGGCCGCAGAGAUCACAGCCUCGGUGGACCGGCUGCAGCAGGAUUUCAAAUGUUGCGGCAGUAACAGCUCAGCUGACUGGCAGCACAGCUCAUACAUCUUGUCUCGGGAAGCCCAGGGUCGCCGGGUGCCCGACAGCUGCUGCAAGACAGUGGUGGUGCGCUGUGGCCAGCGGGCCCACCCCUCCAACAUCUACAAGGUGGAGGGAGGAUGCAUGGCCAAGCUGGAGCAGUUCCUGGCUGACCACCUGCUGCUCAUGGGCGCAGUGGGCAUCGGGGUGGCCUGUCUUCAGGAUGAACCACAUUGUUGGUCUCAGUCCUCGUAGAGCCUUGAACAACUCCACCCGAGUGUGGGAUCAGAUCUGCGGGAUGGUUCUCACCUGCUGCUUGCACCGAAGGCUCCAGCAGCAACACUUUUAUUAAAGGAUGCCCCUGUAGCCUGCUGACUGCCCCACACAAGGGCCCACAUCCCCACAUCCUGAAGAAGGCCUGUAAAGGCAGCAGCUGGAUCACGGACUCCCCCGACCCUAUGCAGAGCUCACCACGUGCCUGUGAUUGGGGCUCCUGUGCGCCCCACCUGGGCAGGGUCCUCAGCUCGCUCCUCCAUUUAUAAGCACUCGUUUCUGCCAGAAUCCUUGGCAAGGACUGGUCCUGAGAAGAGGCAGCCGGAGCUUUUGCCGGCCGUGGAGCACUUUGGACUAGCGGAGGGCCAGGGCUCGGCUCCUCUGUCCCAUCUCAGUGCCUACACCUGGGACAAAGGCUGGCAGAUGGGUCCUUCCAAGACUCCUGGAGGGCUUGGUGUGCGAUUCCCACUGGCAUGGGGUCCCAGCCGGCUCUCGGCAGAGAAAAGCACCGCUUUGGGCAGACAGGGCUAGCUAGUUAGCUCUAGCCAUGACCUUCCCGUAGGACCUAGGACAGGAGCGGUCUAAGAUGGGGCAGCUUCAGGCCAGGCUGUUGGAGCCACCAGGACACAGCACUAAGGAGGCAGGUUGGUUACAGCAGGGUGUGUGGCAUCUGAGAGUCACAUGAUGAUCACAAGGCCCAGCCCCCAGAACUACGUCCUGUUCCCAGUCUUGACUCCCAGAAUGCUGGGUUUAAAAUGUUAGUGAAUUAAAAGUCUUCACCAGUG